AUGGCGUCCUCCGUCGACUCUAUCCACGACGACUCCGACGCUCCCCACACUGGAGCCCGCACACCCACCGGCCGCACCCAUUUCUCCUCUGCGGCAGGCGCAUCAGAGCUCUCCCCGCCAGGCUCACAGCCACAGCAAAUGUCGCAGUUCCCCAUCGGCGAUUUUGAGGCCGCUCCGGAGACGAUGGGCGCCGGUGCUGGUGCCGCGGCGGGCAAGGGCUCCGAGCCGCAUGUCGCGGCGUGGAAGAGUCGUCGGGCGCAGGAGGAGUAUCAGCGCGCUAUGGAGUAUGUGAUUGAUAAGGAAUUUAAUCUGAAUGAAUUCGGGGAUCCGUUUGAUGAGCGGGACUUGGAGCAGAAGUUGCUGUGA